UUACACUUGGCACAAUGCAGUCAGGCAAGUACCGUUCUCCUGGCAACCGCCAAACCCAGACACGUCCAUAGGAUUGCUAAACAGAGGAGCGUGAUUGGUCACUCCAGAGAACACAUCUCCCCUGCUCUAGAGUCCAGUGGCGGCGUGCUUUACACCAUGGCAUCUUGUUUGGAGGUCUUUAGCUAUUGACUCUAUUGACUCUAACAGUUGAGCGUGGAAUAUUUAGUAGCCAGGAAAUGUCACGGAUGGACUUAUUGCCCAGGUGGCCACCUAUCACGGGACCACGCUUGGAGUCACUGAGCUCCUGAGAGCGACCCAUUCUUUCACCAAUGUUUGUAGAAGCAGUCUGCAUGCCUAG